AUGACAUAUUCAACCGGCAGAGGUGGCGCUGGUAACAUUCAAAAGUCCUCCGCCGCAAGAAGUGACAGCAACCAAAAUGAACUGAAAUCACCAGAAUUAUUACCCGUAACAUCUGCAACAGGAGUCAAUCAUAACGAAAAGGACAAAAAGGUAUAUUACUCUACCGGUCGUGGUGGUGCAGGUAACAUAAAAUUAUCAAAAGAGAAACCGUCUCCAAAACUUGUUGCUCAAGGAUCAAGCACUCCCGAAUUGCAUACCAGCAAGAUAUCUACUGGACGGGGUGGCUACGGUAAUAUGAUUAAUAAUGAUGAUCCCAAACUUUCAAGGAAGCUACAGGAUGUCGAUGGACCUUUGGGCCAUUCCAAAGAAAACGAGUUGUACGCUGUUGCUUCAAACAAGUCAUUUUCAGUUGGAAGAGGCGGAUUUGGAAAUGUUGUGACAUCGAAGUCAGUUUCACCACAACUGACUGAAAAUAAUUUGUAUACGCUCUCGAGUCACGGUGAAAAAGGAAAUAAAGAAAGGCAAAAGAAAAAAGGACUCUUUGAGAAGCUCAGAGGUAUGUUCAAUAGCGAAUAG